AUAGUUAUUAUGUGUUAGCAUUUUGCACUAAACACAUUUUGAACCAGAAAUUCAUAUUUUUCAAGUGUAUGUUUAGUUGUAAGUAGUUGAAAUGGAUCGUUGGGUUGGAAAGAUUUGCGUGGUCACCGGAGCCAGUUCUGGGAUUGGAGCUUCUUUGGCUGAGAAACUCGUCGAACUUGGAGUUGUGGUUGUCGGUCUAGCAAGACGUAUGGAAAAAUUGGAGGAAUUAGCAAAAUCAUUUGCUGGAAAAGUUGGGAAAUUUCAUCCAUAUCGAUGCGACAUAACGAAGAAUGAAGAAGUCAUAAACGCAUUCAAAUGGAUAACAAGCACAAUUGGUCCUAUUUCCAUUCUCAUCAACAAUGCUGGCGUUGCUAGACAUACUACUUUACUCGAUGGAGAUGAAUCUCUUUGGAGCACGGUUAUCGACACGAAUGUGAUGGGACUCUGUCUUGCUACAAGAGAAGCUGUUAGAUCAAUGAAGACUAAUGGCAUCGACGGGCAUAUAGUGCAUAUGAACAGCGUCGGUGGGCAUUCAUCCUUUUUAGCUAACAUGUAUUCUCCGAGUAAAUUUGCUAUUACCUCCAUUACAGAGGUUAUGAGGAAAGAGUUAAUGCAAGCAGGAAGCAAAAUAAAAGUCUCGAGCAUAAGUCCCGGAUUGACCGAUACAGAUAUAUUAAAAGAAAAUAGGUAUGAAGACACACCCCUUAAAGAUUUGCCGUUACUUAAGCCAGAAGACGUUGCUAAUUCCAUUCUGCACAUACUUGGUACUCCACCUCACGUCCAAAUUCACGACUUAAUGAUAAAACCAAUUGGUGAAUUUUUUUGAAUAAUUAUUCUGCAAUUAAUAAUAGACAUAACUAAAUAAAAU